UCAUGUGUGCAUACCCUUUGUCUUGUACCCCAGUCCACACGUCUUUCUUUUCCUUCCCUUUAAAUUCUCCCAUUCUCUUUCUCUCAUACCCAUCUCCAUUUCCUCUUCACAAAACUCACAGUUUCCAAUUCACCAAACUCACAAUGGUUGAUCUAGAUUGGCAAACAAAGAUGGUUCACUCCAACAUCAUGCCUCCAAUGUCCCCCAAACUCUCUCUCCCGGAUCAUAACAUUCCAAUCCCAACUUUGCAACUCCCCCUUCGCCAAAACGACAUCACCGCAGCGUCGUCUCCUAUCUGCGCUGCAUACGACAACUACCUUCGUCUCCCUGAGCUCAGAGCCCUCUGGGCCUCCAAGGACUUCCCCAAUUGGGCCAACGAGCCCAUCUUAAAGCCCGCCUUACACGCCCUCGAAAUCACCUUCCGCUUACUCGCAACCGUUUUCUCCGACCCGAGACCGUACAUCAACAAACGCGAGUGGACCCGACGCGUCGAGUCUCUCGCCACGGCCCAAAUCCAGAUCAUAGCCAUGUUAUGCGAAGACGAAGAAGAAAACCCCGAGACACGUGGCAAGGCACCCGUGACUGACAUUAACGGCUUUACCGGUCAAAGCAGAAGCUACAGCGAGGAAAGCCUGCUCCCGCGCCUCGCCACGUGGCAGAAAUCCAAGGACGUGGCGCAGAGGAUUCUCAAUUCGGUGGACUACGAGAUGGGGAGGUGCACCUACACCUUAGGCUUAGGAGAGGCGAAUAUCGCGGGAAAGAAGAUAUUUCUCUUCGACGCGGUUUGCAGGCCGAGGGAGAUUCACUCGUUGGAGACGACGCCGUUUGAUGAUUACGUGGGGAACCACGAGAACAAGACGCUGCACGCCACGCAGCAGAUCGCCGAGUGUUGGACGCGCUCGGUGAAGAAGCUGCUGGAGAGAGUAACGGAGUCGGUGGAGAAAAAGGCGUUGGAGAAGGCCGCGAGUGAGUGCCAUGCGGUGGAGCGGAUCUGGAAGUUGUUAACGGAGGUUGGGGACAUGAACCUCAUGAUGGAUCCAGAGGAUUUCUUGAGGCUGAAGAAGGAGUUAGGGAUGAUGAGAACUGCGGGCGAAACGGUGGCGUUUUGCUUCAGGUCGAGGGAGCUUGUGGAGGUGGCGAGGGUGUGUAGGGAUCUGAGGGAGAAGGUGCCGGAGAUAUUGGAGGUGGAGGUGGACCCCAAGGGUGGGCCCGGGAUGAUGGAGGCGGCGAUGAAGGUUUACUCGGAGAAAGAGAAAGGGAAGGUUCAUGUUUUGCAGGGGAUGCAGGGGAUUGAGGUGGCGAUGAAGAGGUUCUUCUACGCGUAUAAGCAGGUUGUGACGGUUAUGAUGGGGAGCUCCGAGGCCGAUAAUGGGUUCACCAAGAUAUUCCUUGAACCCACUUAUUUCCCUAGCUUGGAUGCUGCCAAGACCUUUCUUGGUUAUUAUAACCAAAAUUAAUUCUUUUAUUCACUUCAAUUCCAUCUUACUCACACAAAGAAACAAAAAGGAUUGAAUUUUGUAAACAAAUCUUUGUCUGUAAAAAUAUAUUUAUUUGACUUCUUUUUGGAUCA